CUCAAUUCGCUCUUUCUCAACACACACAAAGUCCAUUUUUCUUCCCCACAAAACAUGGCACCGAAAGCCGAGAAGAAGCCUGCAGAGAAGAAGCCAGUAGCGGAGAAAUCUCCGGCGUUGGCAGAGAAGAGGCCGAAGGCUGAGAAAAAGAUCUCAAAGGACAGCGGAGAAAAGAAGAAGAAGAAGAUCAAGAAGAGCACCGAGACUUACAAGAUCUACAUCUUCAAGGUUUUGAAACAAGUUCAUCCAGACAUCGGGAUCUCGAGCAAAGCCAUGGGGAUUAUGAACAGUUUCAUCAACGAUAUCUUUGAGAAACUAGCACAGGAGGCUUCGAGAUUGGCCAGAUAUAACAAGAAGCCUACGAUUACGUCGAGGGAGAUCCAGACGGCGGUCAGAUUGGUUUUGCCUGGUGAAUUGGCUAAACAUGCUGUCUCUGAAGGAACCAAAGCGGUUACCAAAUUUACCAGUUCUUAGAUUUGUUUCUGUUCUUUCUUUUUCCUCUUAAAUUGAUAUUGCAAUCAGAUUAGUAUAUUCGC